AUGACUGUCGGCUCCAACAACCAGAACAUCUCAUUCUUUGCUAGCAGCGAUUACAACGAGACCUACAUCUACAGAACAGAUGGGUUCUGUGCAGACUCCAUAUCAUCCAGAGCAUGCGUGACAUUCCGCGGCGGCGCAUACGACGCAUCAGCAUCCUCCACAGACAAAUCGAUCGGUAAUCGAAAGGAUGGUGAUGGCUUCAAAGCGGACUGGGUAGAAGAUACUCUUAGCUUUGGCAGCAAUACCUCACUGUCUUCGUUCGGAUUCGGGGUUCCGCAACAGGUUCUCCCCCAAGGGUUCUACACCAGCCAAUCUCAGCUUGGCUUAGGCAGAAAUUCGACCUUUCUGCGAGCACUCGCAUCCGCUGGCGAUAUAGGUACAAAAGCAUACUCCAUAUUUUGGGGACUAGUCGGUGGUCCUGCGGAUAAGCAAACUCGGGGGUCACUGGUUCUCGGCGGCCUGGACAAAUCGUUGAUCGGGGAUCAAAAUGCCAACUUCACGGCGCCGCUGUUCUAUGGCAGUAGGUGUUCGACAGGCAUGCUAGUAACGAUUAACGACAUCCUUCUGAACUGGCCAAAUGGUACCGACAUGAGUAUCUUCAUGGGUUCGCAAUCAGCGGCCAUACAAGCGUGCAUCAAUCCCGGUGGAACCCCGCCAGAUGGUAAGUCAGAAGGCAGAAGCUUCGGCAUCAAUUUCUACACAAUGCUUUUUGACCCAGAUAAUGUUUACUACGGUGGUCUGACAAUCAACCUUCUUAACAGCAUCUCCGUAAAGAUUCCCAACACCGAACUAGUCGUCCCCGACACAUAUAUCGCCUCCGAUGGCGCAGUCCAGACAAAUACAUCGGUCCGCAACGUAGUAAUCAAUUCCCUUCAAGCCGAAAAUGACAAAGAUCUACCAGUCCUUGGCCGACUUUUCCUGAGCUCUGCCUACGUAAUGGUCAAUCAAGAAGCUGGGAGCUUCUCCGUGUGGCAAGCGAACACAGGAUCGAAGACUUCCGAAAUCGUCGCAGUGGAUAAAGAAAACAAUAUGGUCAGUGAGUUCUGCGCGAACUCUACGGGCCCUACACCGUUGCCAACGUCUUCCAUUACACCUUCGCCACAAAAUGAAGAGUCGAAGCUGUCAGGCGGCGCAAUCGGUGGGAUAGUUGUAGGUGUGGUGGGAGGUCUUGCCAUACUAGGUGCCACUGGCUUCUUUCUAUAUCGGAGACGAGGAUCAGGCAGCGCUACAACACAUGUAUCCCAGGAAUCAGAGUUGCAUACGGCAGAUGUGAAACCGCCUACGUAUAGUAUGAUGCAAACAGGACCUCAGGAACUCCCUGUGAACCGGUACAAUGUGUUAGAGCUGGAUGGCAGAGCCGUCGAUGGUAGCGGGAAUUAG